AUGUUGUUCCUUCUCUCUCUUGUCCCACAGGUGAAUUUUGUGGCCUGCCAGCUGUUUGCUUUGCUCACUGCUUUCUGGUUCCGCCUCUACCUAAGUCCUGGUAAAACCAGCCCCCGUGUCCGGCACGUGCUUGCCACCGUGUUUGGCAUCUAUUUUGUCAUCUUUUGUUUUGGUUGGUACUCUGUCCACCUGUUGGUGCUGGCGUUGAUGUGCUAUGGAAUCAUGGUCACAGCAAGCGCCUCCAAUAUCCACAGGUACUCCUUUUUGGUAGCAAUGGGAUACCUUACCAUAUGCCACGUCACCCGAAUAUACAUAUUCCACUAUGGCAUUCUCACUACAGAUUUUUCGGGCCCUCUGAUGAUCCUCACGCAGAAGAUCACCACCUUGGCCUUCCAGAUUCACGACGGACUGGGUAGAAAACCUGAAGAGCUCUCUGCCGACCAACAUCGACUUGCUAUAAAAGUGAAACCCUCCCUCUUGGAAUACUUAAGCUACCUUCUCAAUUUCAUGAGUGUCAUAGCUGGCCCUUGCAACAACUUCAAGGACUACGUCGCCUUCAUUGAGGGGAGACAUACCCACAUGCAGUUGUUGGAGGCGAACUGGAAGCAAAGAGAGGGCCACAGCCUGCCAGAUCCUUCUCCCACUAGAGCCGUGGUCCGGAAGCUUUGCAUCACCUUGGCGUCUCUUCUCUUGUUUCUGACACUCACGAAGAACUUCCCUGUUACCUGCCUGGUGGAUGACUGGUUUGUCCAUAAAACAAAUUUCCUGACUCGACUCUGCUACUUGUACGUUGUCCUGCAAGCCUCAAAGCCCAAGUAUUACUUCGCGUGGACACUAGCGGACGCAGUGAACAAUGCAGCUGGCUUUGGGUUCAGCGGCGUGGAUAAGAAUGGCAAUUUCUGUUGGGAUCUGCUCUCUAACCUAAACAUCUGGAAAAUUGAGACUGCCACAAGUUUCAAAAUGUACGUAGAAAACUGGAAUAUUCAGACAGCUACUUGGCUCAAGCGUGUGUGCUAUGAGCGGGUUCCCUGGUACCCCACGGUGCUAACCUUCGUCCUGUCUGCCCUGUGGCAUGGUGUCUACCCGGGAUACUAUUUUACCUUCCUAACUGGAAUCCUUGUUACAGUCGCAUCCAGAACGGUGAGGAACAACUACAGACAGCGCUUCCUUUCUUCGAAAGCUCUCAAGGUUGUCUAUGACGUGGUCACCUGGGCUGUCACUCAGCUGGCUGUCUCUUACACAGUCGCCCCCUUCGUGCUGUUGGCUGUCGAGCCAACCAUCAGUCUGUACAAGUCAAUGUACUUUUAUUUACACAUUAUAAGUCUCCUGAUAAUACUAUUUCUGCCAAUCAAACCUAAAGAAUAAUUUCCUUUAUAAGGAUCAGCACAAAGCUGGGGCCGUUGAAGAGAACCUGGAGUAAUUAAUGAUGAAGAAGAGAACUUGGAGUAAUUAAUGAUGACGAUCAAAGACAGUAGUCUUUGGUAUGGAUUGCAACUCCACAUCAAGGAAAUCAAAAUCCUCACAACUGGACCAAUAAGCAACAUCAUUAUACAUGGAGAAAAGAUUGAAGGUGUUCAUACUAUUACUUUACUUGGAUCUGCCAUCAGUGUCCCUGGAAGCAGCAAUCAAAUCAAGUGUCAUGUUGAAAUGGCAAAGAUGUCAUUAUGAAGACAAACAUGCGCCUGACCCAAGCACUGGUAUUUUCCAUCGCUUCACAUGCAUAUGAAAGUUGGAUAAUAAAGAAGAAAGGUUGCAGAAGAAUUGGUACAUUUGAAUGAUGGUUUCGGCAAACAAAACAGAACAAAAACACAUUGAGUUUAUUCAAAAACAAAUCAGUUGGUAUUGAAAGAAGCGUAACCAAAAUUCCCCUUAGAAGUGAGGAUGGUGAAACUCUGUCUCCUGUACUUUGGACGCCUUAUCAGGAGGAGAAAUGAAUCCUCGGAGAAAGGACAUGAUGCUUAGUGAAGUAGAGAGUUGUCCAAAAAGAGGGGGAUCCCUAGUGAGAUGGAUGGAUACGACGCUUGCCACAGUGGGCUCAAACUUAACUACAGUUGUGAGCAUGGCGCAGGACCAAAUGUUGUAUUGUUGGGUUGUCCAUGGAGUCUCUCUGAGUCAGAACCAACUGAACUACACUUAACAACAACAACAACAUGAAACGGAAGGUAAAAGUGCUCCAAACGGCCGCACCACUUCAUCAUCCCUAACAUCGACUCCCCUCACUCAAUACUUGCUCUCCGGUCGUGGGUUUUAGAAUUCACUGCCAGGUCUCACAGAACUCACAAGCCACGCCCGCAGAGAAGAGUUUUGAUUGGGAAGGAACCGGAAACCAUUGGGGAUCAAGAAUGGCGCAGCAGGUACAGGAACAACUCAAGAUAUAAUUCUUGAUCAGCUCAUCUUCUUGCCCUUUCUGACUGGGCCCUCUUGGAGCCUUCCUGGGCCAGUGUUCUACUCAACUCCAUGGGUUGGCAAGCCCCACUGCAGCUGUCCCGCACCAGACUCCUGGUUCCUGGCAUCUUGUGCUCUAGCACGUUUGCUACUGCGGUGCCACCGAAUGGCACUGUUCCCCAUGGGACAGCUCUCCCCCUCUUCUCUGUGUCUCCCUUUAAGCCUAGGGGGAAAGCAAAAAUGACUACUCCCCUCAUGCAAGGUCCCCCCCAAAUUUGGGCAGUCACAAAGACUGUUUAGAAAGACCAUAUUAAAUAAUUCACUUUACCAUAGGCCACCCCCUGGCUUUGUAACCGUUGGUCUUUUCAUACUUGAAGGGUUAACUUUUCCCUCUGGCAAUUGUUUUACUCAUUCCAAACAAUCACUAACGAUUACCCUGCAGUAAGACAGAGCCCUCAGGGUGAGGUAACUCACGUGCUAGUCACUGAGAUCUGUUGCAUGUAUCCAUCUGAUAUGGUCGGCAUCUCCAAACAUUUUAUCUUGGCCUCUCAGGCCUCUGAUAAAAUUGACCUGAGAGAUUAUUCCCUGGCUCUUGAAGGCCCAAUGCAAUACUGGGUUUCCCUUGCGCCAUAGCUCAUUUGUUCAUUUCUUUACCAUCAGCAAUUCUAUUCCCUUACACUGGUCACUUCUUUCUACCUCAUCUUUUCUUCUUUGGGAAGGAACAUCAGGUUCAGCUACCAUGUUAGUCCAGGUUGGCUAGUAGCAAUGCCCGUUUCACAAAUGUUUCUUUGCCAGGCCCCUUCCAGGGUCUGUGAUGGCCCGUGGGAGUGGCUUACCCGUUGGAUCUGCAUCCUAGUCACCAUAAGCCAGUCUAGGAUGGCGGGCAUAAGCCGCACAUUAGCCUCUUCCUCUGGGAGUGUUCCAGUGAGUGUUUAGUGGGGCAGUUUCCUUUCUCAGUGUCCACAAAUGUCACUGAACAAAUGUCUCCGGACCACCAGGCUGGCCAUUUCCUCUGGGUGAACUUGUUAUGUAACUGGAUCUUGUAUUCAUGAAUUGUGGGUUUUGCUUCAACCUACACAUCCUUGUUCAUUCUGCGGCAUUCCAAACUAAAGACCCUUCCCCCAGGUCCCUGGCUCUCACGAUCCAUUUGGGUAUAGAUUCUUCAGGAGACUGAUGACACUCUUCUACAAACUAAAGCAACUCUUUAAACAUUCCAGAGUGUCUUGUCCAGUUCUCUCCCAGCAGUCAUAGCGGUACUUCUUGUUUCUGGUUUAUUUUUCUGCGUCUGCCCUGAGACUAACCUUGGCCGCUCCUAUCGGCUUGGCUCAGUGCUACAGUUUCCCCUGCUUUCUCUUUCUCCGCCAUUGCAGCUACAUUACUGAUAACAGCAAACAAGGCAAUGUACAGCUCACCUCUUUUCUUACUGCUCUAUAUUUGCCUUUGCAUCCAACUAUCCAAUUCCUCGGGUGUUAAAUCCACCACUCCUAGUUCCCCUUGAUAGCGGAUGGCUGCAACAGAGCAGCUGCUUCAGUCCCCUCGGUCGGCCACAAGCACCGUAUGUCCAUAUUCCCACCCAAUCAUUGUGAAGGAGUCACAAACCAUGUGGCUAAAUGUCAAGUUGAUUCUAACUCAAAGAGACCUUAUAGGACCAGGGGCAAGUGAUCUAAUAAGUAAGGUGAGCAUGGGCUUAUUGAUUCUUACUUACUAAUCGGUCAUACAGUGUCAUGUUAGGUGGUGAACAGCAUGUGAAACUGUGUACCGCAGAUUAGCAAGUAAGCAGUAGUAAGUCUGUGCUUACCUUGCAUAGUGAGUUCUCAGCUUUGGGCAGGGAUUGUAAAUUUGAAAAGAGGCUUUGAUUCUAUAGGAAGGUGCUGCGGGGUUUUCAGAGAGACGGAUACCAGCCAGACCUAGAAGCAGAGUUUGCCAUGUGGUGAAAAAAAUGUGAAAUUGUUCACUGCAGAUUAAAAAGCAAAGCGCAUGCAAGUCCAUGCUUACCUUGCUUCUUGGAUCGCCACAUUCAGUAGAACUGCCCGAUAGAAUUUCAUAGGUCAUACAUCUUUACGGAAGCAGACUGCCCCAUAUAGUUCCCAAAGAGCAGCUGAUAGGUUCAAACCCCUGACCUUUCAGCCAUGUCAAGCCAUUCAUUUCAUGGAAAACCAAAAGCUUAUACUCAAAGACACCCUAUGACCCUGAACUCUUUUGUUCGUAAGAAAAAGAUUGAUGUCUCCAGGACAAGUUAGAAAAAUCAAACUGUCAGCUCUUCAACAGAUGAGGUAAAAGGAUUCGAGGAUUCCCCAGUGCCUCAGAGGCAUGCUUACAUGCCUCUUUAUUUAAUUCAGUAAGUGCAGGGAGUAUCUUUAUAAAGCUUUUUGUCUAAUUACGUUGGGCACAUCCCAUUGACUUGUUUUCGUACCUUAUAGGACCUCUGAGAGCUGUGGAGGUGUGUAAAGAGAGCCCCAGAGCCGGAGAGAGAUACGGGCGGGCGGAAGCUUGGUCUUUGCUUUGGGGAUGGGGGCCGGGGACGUUCUUUCUGACAUCCAGCCACACGACUCUGGAUUCUGGAAACACAGCCAUUGGUUCCAGACACCAGAAGGAGAAAGCUUACCCAAGGUUCUUAAACCAGAACCUACUCAGACAGGGCUGUUCCUUCUGAAGCCGUAGGUUCUUUGCAUUGUGACAAUCCUGGUGAUACAAUAACUCCACUCAGAAGCUGGUGGAGAAGAAUUGUGGAGGGAGAUGUUCAGGGCACUGCAGACGCUCCGAGCUCGAAGGACUCAAUGUACACACUUGGAUGGACCCCCCCAAAAUCAGACAUGCCCCAAAGGAGGCUGGUUUUUACUCCCGGGGAUCUCGGAAUUGAGCCAAGAUGGGGAAUCAGAGCCUCUCCUUUGCAUGAACUGUCUACCGGGAGCCCAGGAGGGGUGACUGUUUUGCUAACGCUUCCAGUUUGAGCGCGCCAUCUGCUUGCCCGGCAAUGGCUCUUUAAGACGACGCUUGAAUGUUCCUACUAUUACGCGCAGCAGAGCAGCCUUGCGAGAAAUCAUUGUGAAGAAGGAAUGUAAAGGGGUACGGGCGUUUGGUAAGGAGGGAGCUCUCGCUUGCCCCUCAUUUCAUGGCAGUGUUAGCAGUCAGCCUCGAUGGACCCUUCGGCGGGUUCUCACCUCUCUCACUCCCCAGCGCCGUCCUCGACUAAACCCAACCUUGUUUAACAGAUGCGUCAUCUUGGAAAGCAGGGAUUGAAGACACCAUUUCUGUCUGUGCUGCCAAUGGACUGUGCUCCUUCUGGGGAGUCUACGGGGCAAUAAACAACGUGGGAGGAGGCAAAGGGGUAUUAAAUGUUGUGGAAAAGAAUAAUAAAAUAUAAGCUGUG